AUCGUGAACAAGAAAUGAACAAAGUUGGUGAGGAUCAUGUCCUACGGGUGAUAGGACAAUGUUAUUUACCAAAUGUAGGAUAUGACAGCCUUCAAAAUGGCUCCUUGUGGAAAGGCCCUGGCAUUUGGAUGUUUCUGGAUAUGACGAGUUAUUUUUCAAAUUUUGCCAUAGUAUCUGACCUCACUCCAUCAAAUAAAACGUAUUAUUCCAUUCAAACCGUGCAUGACAACAGGGCUGACAUCAUUCUGAGCUAUUUUGGGGUUUCAUACGAACGCCACCAAUUCAUCGACUUUUCGCAUGCCAUUGAUUUUGCCACUACCUACAUCGUCUCAAAAGCCUCUCAUGGAGUCUCCGGAGAGAUCCUGGGAGGUGUUUUUGAUGGACUUUCUUACUUUUUGUCUUUUCUGGUUCUGGCUUGCUUAACUUUGAUCGUCAUCGCCUCCAAUCUCUUGCUAAAGAACCAAUUGAACCCAAGGGCCUUGGGAAACCAUCUAAGCAAUAUUUGCCUCCGUUGCUUCAGCCAUGUUGUUGCCCAAGGGUUUCCAAACCGAUUUUCCGUCAAUGGUUAUUCUGGACAAAUGGCUUGGACCAUCCUGAUCUUAUUCUGUCUCAUUUUCCAAUUGAUGCAUUCAAGUAUCUUCAUCUCCAAGCUCAUGGCCAAGGUGCACUGGCAAAAAAUCGACAAUCUUCAUGACCUAGAGACGCGCCCAGAUUUGAAGAUCUUGCUCCGUGAGGAUUCCUACGUUGACCACGCAUUGAACCAGCUUCAUAACUGGGACGUGUUCCAAUCACGAAUCGAGUACUUUGGCGAAUACGACGUGGAUUAUGCAGAGCUCUUAACCAAAGUCAAGGAUGGGACACACGUCAUGAUCGAAGAUGAGGGCAACUUCCAGGAAUUUAUGAUGGAGGCCAAUGCGAAUGAAUCUUGCACAUUUCAUCCAAGUCAAUUCCUGUACUCAGCUGAGCGAAUCUUCAGUUUGCCCAGUACCUUUCCAAUGAGAAAGGGUCUAGUGCAUGCGGAAGAAAUCAACCUGCGGCUGAUGUGGAUCGACGCAUAUGGUCUGGCCGGUCAAUACGAUAGUAAUGUCAAUGUUUUGUCCAACGGUAUCUUCUCACCCAUUAAAAUGGACAAGGAUUGCAAAUUGAAUUUGGAUAUGGUACUUGGGCCAGACAAAUUCUGCUAUGAAGGGGAAAAUACACCCCUGAAUGAGCCUUUAGGAUGGAAGCAUUUCCGUAUCACGUUCAUUUACUUAUUGGCCGGACUCAGUUUGGCUUGUGCAGUGUUUAUGUUGGAACUCCUUCACGUGAAAAAUGCCCCAGAGAAAAUAAAGGUUUGGAUGUAAGCAAAUGCUCAAAUCAAAAUUUGGAAUGGAAGCGGUCAGUAGGUCUUGAAAGACUACAGAGAUAUUUUAGCACAAUCCUGAUAUUCAGUGUUUCCUUUUGGAAUGUGUGCUUCAAAGGUUUCGUGGUUAAGGAUUGAAACAUGGCGAGGGAUUUGAACGAUUUGAACAAAUCUUGGUGUCCCGAAACGAUUUU